GUGGAAGUUUGUCAACACGGAAGUGUGAAGAUGGCUCCGAGUGGACUAAAAUCUGUGGUGGGGGAGAAAAUCAUCAACGGAGUCCUGAAGACUGUGAGGAAAGAUGGAGAGUGGAAGGUGCUUAUUGUUGAUCACAUGAGCAUGCGGAUUCUUUCCUCCUGCUGCAAGAUGUCCGACAUCAUGGCCGAAGGUGUUACCAUCGUGGAGGACAUUAACAAGCGGCGCGAGCCGAUCUCUAGUCUGGAGGCCAUCUACCUCAUCUCUCCUGUGCCAAAGUCUGUUCACGCUCUGAUCAACGACUUUAAGGAUACGGCUUUCACCUACAAGGCUGCACACAUCUUCUUCACAGACACAUGUCCAGACGGCCUCUUUGCCGAAAUCGGGAGGUCAAGAGUCUCAAAAGUCAUCAAGACGCUGAAGGAAAUUAACGUAGCGUUCUUACCGUACGAAGCCCAGGUGUUUUCCUUGGAUGAUCCCAGUUCACUGCACUCGUUCUACAGCCCCACUCGGAAGAACAUGGACGAGCAGACCAAAAUGAUGGAGUGUAUUGCAGAACAGAUCGCAACGCUGUGUGACACGCUGAAGGAAUAUCCGGCAAUCCGUUACCGCCAGGGUCCGAAGGAGACUUUUGCGCUGGCUGAGAUGGUGCUGGAUCGCUUGAACGCACAUAAAGCAGACAACCCAAGCAUGGGCGAGGGCACGGAUAAAGCGCGCUCCCAGCUGCUGAUCGUGGAUCGUGGCUAUGACCCCAUCUCUCCCAUCCUACAUGAGCUCACCUUUCAGGCUAUGGUCUACGACAUGCUGAACGUUGAGCAGGACAUCUACAAGUACGAAACAACAGGGCUCGGGGAAAACAAGACCAAGGAGGUUCUGCUAGAUGAGGAUGAUGAGCUCUGGGUGCAGCUCAGACACAUGCAUAUCGCUGAUGUCACCAAGAAAGUGACCGAGCUCCUGCGUACCUUUUGUGAAAGUAAGAGGAUGAACACAGACAAGGCCAAUCUGAAAGAUCUGUCUCAGAUGCUAAAGAAAAUGCCGCAGUACCAGAAAGAGCUGAGUCUGUACUCCACUCAUCUGAACCUGGCUGAUGCCUGCAUGAAGAAAUUCAAAGCUAAUCUGGAAAAACUGUGUGAGGUGGAGCAGGAUCUAGCCAUGGGCUCCAACUCAGAGGGCGAGCCACUUAAAGACGCCAUGAAGAACAUCGUUCCUGUCCUGCUGAACGCGGAGAUUCAGCCCUACGACAAAAUCCGCAUCAUUCUGCUGUACAUCUUCUACAAGAAAAAGGGCAUUGCAGAAGAGAACCUCACAAAGCUCAUUCAGCACGCUAACGUGCAGGAGAACAGCAACAUUAUCUACAACCUGCAACACCUCGGAUGCCCCAUCAUCGCCGGCGGUGCUAAUGCUGGGAAAUCUCUGCCCGAGAGGAAAGAGCGGACCGGAGACACGUACCAGCUCUCACGCUGGACCCCCAUCCUCAAAGACGUCAUGGAGAACAUCAUCGAGGACAAGCUGGACAGGAAGCAGUGGCCGUUCCUCUCGGAUCCUGCGCCCGCCGCCACCACUCCGACUGUAGUGAGCAGUGCACGGUUUGGACAUUGGCACAAGAACAAGGCUACAACGGAGUACCGGAGCGGCCCUCGUCUCAUCGUCUUCGUCAUUGGAGGUGUCGCGCACUCAGAGAUGCGCUCUGCUUACGAGGUCACCCGCGCCACUGACGGCAAAUGGGAGGUUCUGAUUGGUUCGUCCCACAUCCUGACCCCAACCGGAUUUCUGAAUGAUCUAAAGACACUGGAGCAGCCAACGCCAAACUCUGCUUAGCAGCCAAGCCUCGAAUCUUAUGAAACUUUACAGAAAUGUUACAUGUGUUCGGUUUUAUGUUUAAUUAAUCCUAAGUAGUAAACCGAUAAUUUACUGCCUUUUAAAAGGUUCCUUCUUUUUAAAAACUAAUUCCGGUGAGAAGCAAUGUACAUAUAUAUAUAUAUAAGUGAUAUUUAAAUAAUUUAAUAAGACAUUAUUAAAGAUUCUGUAAUUGAAAACCGAGCCAUGUGAGAAGUCUGGUACGGACACUGGUGUGGACACACACACACACACACACACUCUUGGCUCAAGAAAAAAAUGUGUAGCUUAUAGCCUGUUGCUGAUAACUUAUGUUUUAUUCUUAUUUUAUUCAUACAGUAUGCUCCAGAUAAAGCAUCACAUUUUAUCAGGGACUCUCUCUUUCGCUCUCUCCCUCUUUUCUUUUUUUUCAUGAAAUCGCAGUUUUGAUCUCUGGAGCUUUUCCAGCUGAUGGUUGAAGGUCAGGAAAAAACUUGCAGAAUGUUGUUCUGCUGUUCUUGUUAACAUUUCUGUCUUUUCCUUCUCAGUUCUUUCAAAUGAUAUAUUGAUUGAUAACGAUAAUGGAGCCUUUUUUCUGAAUGUAAACCAAUGCACUUUUCUCUAUCUUUCUUUGUUGUAAUCAGAUGAUGGUUAUUUAGUUGGGUGGUUUUUUUCCUCAUGUGUUUAUGUUUAAACCUAAAUAAACAGCUUUAUUCAAAUCACG